GGCAGGUGUCUUGUGACAAGUGAAAGUCGCUGGUUGGUAACGCAGGCCAGGAGGAAGUUUGGCCGUCCCUCAUGUUUCCACAGGAAUUCGGCAUGUUUCGACCCGUUUAAAGAUGUCAGACGCGCACAGAGACUUCCCUAACGUCUUCCCAGACCACUUAGACGGGAUGCUGGUCCGCUCAGCGCUAAGAGGGGCGGAGAAAUUCGCUGUGGGUACGGCGGAUUUCAGAUCCCCCACCCCCAUCCCUGUCGGCCCCUCCUACCUUCCGAAGGCAACGUUUGGACUAACGGUGGCCUACAUCGUACUCUAUGCACUGUUAUUUCUGUUCAUCUACGCGCAGUUGUGGCUCAUACUGUACUACAAACACAAGAGGCUCAGUUACCAGACUGUUUUCUUGUUUUUGUGCCUGUUUUGGUCAGGACUGAGGACUACUCUGUUUUCGUUCUACUUCCAAAAUUGCGUGCUGGCUAACAACCUGUCGACUUUCCCCUAUUGGCUGUUAUAUUGCUGCCCUGUAUGUCUGCAGUUCAUCACUCUGUGUCUGCUCAACAUGUAUUUUGCACAGGUGGUCUUCAAAGCAAAGGGCAAAUAUGCCUCAAAUCCCAGCAGAUAUAAACGACCACUGAAGAUAACAUUUGGGGUGGCUGUUCUAAUCUUUGUGGCCACUAACAUCACCUGUGCAGUCCUGAUACGGCAGUACAACGGACAGGACAUUCCUGAGGCCAUCAUAGUAGGGCGGGUCAUUAUCAACGACUCCCUGUUUGUGAUUUCUGCUAUUCUGCUGUCUGUCUGCAUUUACAAGAUUGCCAGAAUGCCAACAGCAAAUGUUUUACUGGAAGCAAAGGGUUUUACAGUGGGCCAGUCCAUUGCUGCAUCAGUGGGGAUCAUCCUGCUGUAUGUGUCCCGUGCCAUGUACAACCUGAUCGCAGUCUCACCCAUCUCCACUCCUUCCCUCGGGUAUAGCUGGCUCAAUGUCUCUGAUCAGGCUGACCUGUUGAACCUGGGUGCCAGUGAUCUGAACUACAUCGUGUUUGGGCUGGUUCUGUUUUUCUGGGAGCUCCUGCCCACCUCUAUCGUGGUCAUCCUGUACCGGGUCAGGCGCCCUCCACAAGAUCUGAUGUCAUCAAGCAUGUCCACCCAGAGCUAUAAAUACUUCUUUGACAACCCCAGGAGAUACGACAGUGAUGAUGAUCUAUCCAGGGUACACAGCAGAAGUGGCAGCCAAUACGACAUUCCGACCCUGCCAGUCACCCCCAGCUCCUACUCCAUCAACAGCAGCACCCCCACCCCCCGGGGGUACGGCACCAUCAUGAGGAGCAGCAGCGGGAGCUACCCCUCGGGGCAGUACGGCAUGCCCGGCACCACCCCACCCCUCCUGUUCAGCACGGGGAAUGUCAACCCUGGGGGCAGGUACCAGGCGUACGAUGGGACAUGAGGAAAGAAAAAUGUCAGGGUAGUAGAAUGUACAAUAGGUGAUCGAUAAGUGAUGAGCCUCACCAAGACAUAAGGUGCACAAUUCGAAUUUGGGGGCACAAUUAUAGUAUUAAAGCCUUUUAUAAAAACCAACCAAAUUUCAAGUCAUUGUGGUCAUUACUUUCCAGUUGACGUCCUUUUGAAAUCAGUAGGUGUACAUGUACAUGUAAGUGGUAAGAAAAACAAGGUGCACUGUGAUCAGAGCUGUGUUAGUCGAGUUCCUCAUGCCAUGAAAUCUUCAAAAGCAUUAUCAAAAUGUUUGAUGAGGAUUUUCUUCAUAUUUCAACUAGAAAGAAGUGGUUAUCUGAUCAUGACUCUUUCAGCAGAGCAAGUUGACCUACACACCUCAGGUCACAGCUUGAUUGUCAAAUUUUUUUUCUUUCUCUCUCAACUAACAUUACUGGGUGUUGCCUGCAAAGUAUUGAUCAUAAUGAUUUGAAUUGAAGUAGGCAUUCAUAAAAGGUUUAAUACUUUAUAGUUAUGCUUCGAAAUUUGCAUUGUGCACCUUGAUUCUUGGUGAGGCUCAGAACUUAUUAAUCACCCCUUGUAUGAUGAGAAGACAUGUUGAAGCAAAACUAAGAGGUUAUUUUAUGACUUGAGAGACAACAAGGUUUGAAGUGUAUGAAAUAACUUUUAAAUUCUGAAUGCCUGCCCAGUAAAAUUGUGAUGUAAAGUAAUUGAAUUAAGUACUGGCUAUACUAUUCUCGUAAAUGAUAGAAUGAAGAAUACACAUAAAAUAUCAAGAUUUGCCAUGCAAAUGUGAUAAAUGCAUAAUACAUGUAGAAAAAUAUACACGGAAGUACAUGGAAGAACUGUAAAUAUAAAAUGCUUGAAUAUAAUAAUGACCAUCCCAUCAGCUGCUCAAGAUAAACAUAUCAUGUUUAGAGGGAAUAGCCUAGAACAAGGCCGUAUUAAAAUGACUCUUACUGUACUUGUAAAUGCCAUCUCCAGAAAAUAAUUAUUGUAACAGGAGAUGGAAUUAACAUUGCCUAAGUUUGGAAUUUUGGCAGCAUUGUAGCAAUAAGGAGCAUUUGAGGUAGUACAUAUAAUUUCUUCACUUGCCAAUUUGCUUGUAAAUACCUCAGUUGCCUUUGUAAUGUAGGAAUUAUUAUGAAGUUUUAUUAAGUUUUCAAAAGUCACUGACUGAAGAAUUACUUUUUUGCCAAUAUUACGUUUUUCUUUUCCUUGAAUGAAAAUUUGUGGCAAAGCACAAAUUAUGUAUAUUCAUAGGCAUUUUAUUUUAGUUGUCACUGUCCUUCAAACAGGGUUUCCACAUCAUUUUGAGUUUUAUAGAAAUGGAAUGGCUAUGACAAGGUUGUAGGUAUGGAACUUACCUACUGAAAUAAAUGAAGAUACUAGCUUAGAAAGCUGAGCUUUCUAUUAGUAAGUAAUUGCACUUUUGUGUGCCACAAUGUAAAGAAUGGGCAUAUCUGCUGAGCAGAUGUACUAGAAAUGAUGGCGCUGUGUUGGCUGUGAUAUGGAAUAUUAUAAAAACUGAACAGUGUGUACGUGAGGAAUUACAUUUUGGAAUUUGCAAAUACUGUAGGAUGAAAUGGAAUCAUGUUGUAAUACAAUAUUUUCAGCGCUUGAGGAACUUACAUUUAGCAAACUGCUGUUAUUCAAUUAAAGGGUCAUGUUGAUUUGAUUGUUUCAGCUGGAUGAUAUGCAUCAAUUUUCAGCGAUUUCCAUGAAAGAAAAGUUUUCAACCACACUGUAAAGCGGACAAUCUUGCAGCCAAGUAUUUUCAACUGUUCCCUACACCGAUAGAAACCGAUACAGAAUGUUUUAGAAUGCCAAAGUCUAUUUCAAUGUCAAAGAUGAAAAGGUGAGAAGGAACAAAAAUGAAGAAUCUGUUUUUUGGUAUACCAUGUUUAGUCAUUUGUUAAACCUUCCUGACCACUUAAAUUUAAUAAUUAGGAGAUUUUGUUUUCUUUGCACACUCACAUCACUUUUGGAGUUCACAGUGGAUGCAUACAUUUGUAAUAGAAUCAACUGAUGGCUUAAUGAUUCUUGAAAUCAAAAUCCCAAAGACUGAUAUCUUGUGUAUUGUUGUGAGAUUGAGCUGCUGUUUCAUUUUAAUUCAAUCAUGUCGGCAAUCUGGCCUAUAGUUGUAUCAGUAUUAGUUAUUUUUCUUAAUUUCAAAUGCCAGUAUACCUGUCUGUGGCAUGAUAUUAUCAUACCGUUAUGGCUUUUAAGUUAACCUUCUCUAUUAUAUUUCAUGUGUUAUGUAUAUAUGAUAUAAGUUGAAGACUGUCAGCAUGUACCGUGUUACUCUUGAACAUUAUACACUUGAAAUGGAAUUUCUAGCAUGCUGAUGUGUUUUUAAAUAGAUGUUGAAAACAUUUAGUGAAUGUAGGCUUGAACAAGGCUUGGGAAAGAAUUUUGUGUUUCCAGUCACCGGCUGACAAAAACCUGCCAACCCUAGCCUUUUUGAAGGUCGACAACUGGCUUAAGGUAUUUGAUACCUGAGUGAUGAAUUUCAAAACAGACUUCCUGUAUCUAACAGUUAACAAUAAGGGCUUUCAACAGUUGAAGCAACAAUAAAUAUGUAGACCAUGUACAUUGUUCCUUCUUUGUUCAGUAUACUUUAAAUGCAUUUAAGUUCGCGGGGAUUUAAUUUCGCGGUCGCGGGGAAAAGGACUUUUUUGCGGUGGAUUUAAGUUCGCGGUGAAGUGGUCACCGCGAAAACCGCGAACAUUAAUCCAACACGAACAUUUCUGCAUUUACAGUAUUAUGAUGUACAAGCACAUAAAACUUGUGCUCGUACAACGUAUAUUUGUAAUAGUGUGAUUACAAUAUGGCGUUAAGAAUACCAGUGUCCUUUGGAUUACUUUGUCAGAAAUCUAUAAAGAAAGAGAACACCAGACUUGUUUGUGUAACACUGUGUGUUGCCAUCACUGUAGAAGCUAUGGAGUCUAUGAUAACUUAAAUGUUUGAAACUUUGUGUCAAUUUGAGUUAGCAUGAAGUGAGAAUGAAGCCUGCAUAUACAGUAUCAUAAUGCUUGAAAAGAAGUUAGAGCAAUAAAAGAUGUCGACAUCUUGUAA